CCAAAGUCUCCUCAAGAGGAAGAGAGAAAGAAAGUGUCUUGUUUAGAGGACGAAAAGCCCAAAUUCCUUCCAUGUGUGGAGACAGAACUCAGCUGGUAAUGAGACGUUCAUCAUUUUCCUGUCAUUCGGCCACCGUUGACUUCAACAGAACAACAUGUUCCCAAAGGACAAAGGUACUGACAAAUGUGUUUGUAAAAAAAGUGUAGUCUUAAGCAAGAAAAUGAAUGUUUAGUUAAAUGUUUAUGCAAGGGAGAACAGAGCUGAGUCAGUAAAACUGCCAUGUUAGCACAAAGAAUAGAAGUGGGAGGAAUGUGUUUGGGUAAAAACGCUCAGGAUGAAGCAGCUGAAAGAAAGAAAGAAAGAAAAGGGAAACUUUCAGACAAGGUGAAAGGAGGAGGAGAAGUGUCCGACAGCUGCAGAGAGGGAGGAGGCUAAAACAAAACAGAGCUGUAAAGAGGUGAGCGAGAGAAGGUUGAAAGCAAUGUGAGCAGAGAGAAGGUUGCUGUUGAAUGAACAUCAGGAGGGCUGAACAUCUGGGUCUGUAUAUAUACAAAAAGACAGAGAGCUGGCUAAAAAGAAGAAAGUGAUUUAUGAAGUGAAGUGAUUUGAAGUGGAGAUGAUUCCGACCGUGAUUCUGGCGGCUGUAGUGGGCUUCAGCGCUCUGUCCUCCUACGACUCUGCCGACAGCACCACCAGAUCGCCCGCCACAACAGCUGAUCUGACCCAGGCGAGAGAGUUCAAUGAGGAGACGGUUAGAGGGCGAGGGGACACUCCUGACAUCAUCGAACCUGAACCCACCACUGCCGUCUCCGACAUGGAGAGCACUUACAACUACAUAUUGUCUAGACUGGCAGCGAUGGAUCAGGCCAUCCACAGGCUUAAUGUGGGACAUUACACAUUGGACGUUAAAGUGACACAACUGCUGGAAAGAGUGUCACGUCUUGACAAUAGACUAGGUGACAAUGAGGAUGCCAUUCAACAGGUCUCGUCCUACUGCAAGGACAACCGCAAAGAGAUUGGACGACUAGAGGGCUGUCAGAAAGGCCGUAAAAUGGGUUACAAAUGCGUUUUGGCAUAUCGUGUGUAUGAGACCUACGCAGACGCAUCCCAGAAGUGUCAGGAGCGGGGAGGACGAAUGGCUAUGCCACGAGAUCGCAAGGAGCAGGAAGCUUUGGCUGAAUAUGUGAAAUCAGUUUUCCAUGGAAACUGGCCUGUGUGGCUUGGGAUUAACGACCAGCGCUCCGAAGGCCUCUACCUAUUUGAGGACACAACCCGUGUCACUUACUUCCAAUGGAGGAAGCACUUCCUGUCAAGCCAGCCAGAUGGUGGGAAACGAGAGAACUGUGUAGCCAUGUCCUCAGAUGAUGGAGACUGGUGGGACACCUACUGUGACAGACGCAUGUAUUAUCUGUGCGAAUUUGACGUUUGACCUUGAUCAAUUCCUAUACGGUCCAGCUCUCUUCUAAUUGAUUUUGUAUAUAUAUAUAUAUCAAGAGCACCUAUUCACUGUUUAAAAAAAAACUGGAGAAUUAUGCACAUGUAGAAUUAAGGCCAGUGAAUUUAGAGAUCCCAUGAAAUGUUUUGAUAAAUGCAUUUCCUAUUGAAACAGGAUGUUGGAGCAGGACAUAUUAGGGCUUAGCCCCUUAUUCUCAUUGAAGCCCAAAGUGAUUCCAUU